CAACCCAAUGUGUGUACUAUAUACAUGUAUAACUAUUUUCAUCAUUCAUUCUCUCCCAGUCUUUGUAAUAUGGUCAGAGAAUUGAGAUCGGGAUCGCACUACUUCUUAUUCAUUCUACUUUUAUUUUCUUGAUGGCGGACGAAAUGGAAGUUGAAAGAGAACCAGACAGAGAGAGUGCCAAAAAAGCAGACAAAAUGUUCACCCUCAAGAAAUGGAAUCUUGUUGCUAUGUGGAGCUGGGAUGUAGAAUGUGACACAUGCGCCAUUUGUCGUGUUCAAGUGAUGGAUGCCUGUUUGAGAUGUCAGUCAGAGAACAAGCAAGAUGACUGUGUGGUUGUCUGGGGAGAAUGCAAUCACUCAUUUCACCUAUGCUGUAUGACUUUGUGGGUGAAACAGAAUAAAAGAUGUCCACUAUGUCAACAAGACUGGGAAGUGCAAAGGAUAGGAAAAUAAGAAAAGACAGUCUGGACAGAAAAUAAGAUAUGGUCUGGACAAAACAUUAGAACUGUCCAGUGAGGAUGAAAAAAAUUAAUGGUUUAUAAGUGUAAUAGAAAAAUAAUUUCUCCAUCUGUUGAUAGAAAAUUUUCAAGCUAUUCUUGUGUAAUUGUAAUACAUUGUAUGAAAAAGUUAUUUGUUUACCACUUCUUGGGAUUUAUUUUGUAUUCAAACAUUGCAUGUGUAUUUAAGAUUAUUCAGAAACAGACAAAAAACAAUUUUACAAACUUAUUUCUGUUUAGAAUAGAACAUUAGAAUUGAAGAACCAUUCUGGUUGUAUUUAUUGACAGUGGUGUAGUAAUUUUGUCACAUGUGGAGCUACUGUUUUGGAUAAGUCAGUUAUUUGGUGAACUUGCUGUUUAUCAUGUGUAUUACUAGAACAUUGGGAUAUAAUAUUACAGUUAAACUUCACUAUCUCAAACAUUGAUAUCUCGAAAAUCGUGAAUAUGUCGAAGUGAGUUGGAAGUCCCAACUACAUUUUCUUUAUGUAAUCUCGAACCCUCUGAUAUCUGAAAUUUUUUCUUGGCACUAUCGAGUUCUAAAUAACAAGGUUUGACUGUAUUGACGAUACUGAAUUUAGUAUGAAUAUAUUCCAAAUGAUAUGAAUAUAUAAAUGAUUUAAAAGUUUACCGGUAAUAGUUUUGUGCCACAAGAUUUUCAUGCAUUUCAAUUUUUGGAACAAGAAAUUUAAUUUCUGUGGACUGAAGAUAUUUUUUUAAUGACUUUAGAUACAAUUUAUGUCAACAAUAAUCAAAAAAUGAUUUGAAUUAAAGAAAAAUGAAAAAUUCAUACAAAAAUAUGUGUUGAUAUGAGAAGAAAUGUGUGAUACAUUUUUUUUAUGUGUAUGAACAUGCAAGUACAUUGUUUUCAAGUUUGUACUAUAAAAUAAAAGACAAAUAUUUGUAA